GGCGUCACGUGGCCCCGCGAGGUCUCUGGGAUACAUGGUAGUCCUGAAGCCGGGUCUCACUCUUGGCCGCUGCAACUUGAGGACUACACUUCCCAGGAGGCAGCGCGGCGGCGCGCCGAGAACCACCCGAGGUCGUGAUUGGCUGGUGAGCCGGCCGCACGCGGAGGAGCCCAAGGAGCAGCUCUGUUGCGACAGAGGCCGAGCAGCAAGGCCCAGCACCCUGAAAGAACAGUUAACCUACCCCUGUGGGUCAUCAUCAUGCCCUCCGACCUGGCCAAGAAGAAGGCAGCCAAAAAGAAGGAAGCUGCCAAAGCUCGACAGCGGCCCAGAAAAGGACAUGAAGAAAAUGGAGAUGCUGUCACAGAACCACAGGUGGCAGAGGAGAAGAAUGAGACCAAUGGCAGAGAGACCACAGAAAUAGAUUUGCUGACCAAGGAGCUAGAGGACUUUGAGAUGAAGAAAGCUGCUGCUCGAGCUGUCACUGGCGUCCUGGCCUCUCACCCCAACAGUACAGAUGUUCACAUUAUCAACCUCUCACUCACCUUUCAUGGUCAAGAGCUGCUUAGUGACACCAAACUGGAAUUAAACUCAGGCCGUCGUUAUGGCCUCAUUGGUUUAAAUGGAAUUGGAAAGUCCAUGCUGCUCUCCGCUAUUGGGAAACGUGAAGUGCCCAUCCCUGAGCACAUUGACAUCUACCAUCUGACUCGAGAGAUGCCCCCUAGUGACAAGACACCCUUGCAGUGUGUGAUGGAAGUUGACACAGAGCGGGCCAUGCUGGAGAGGGAGGCAGAGCGGCUGGCUCAUGAGGAUGCGGAGUGUGAGAAACUCAUGGAGCUCUAUGAGCGCCUGGAGGAGCUGGAUGCUGACAAGGCAGAGAUGAGGGCCUCCCGGAUCUUACAUGGACUGGGUUUCACACCUGCCAUGCAGCGCAAGAAGCUAAAAGACUUCAGUGGGGGCUGGAGGAUGAGGGUUGCCCUUGCCAGAGCCCUCUUUAUUCGACCCUUCAUGCUGCUCCUGGAUGAGCCCACCAACCACCUGGACCUAGAUGCUUGUGUGUGGUUGGAAGAAGAACUAAAAACUUUUAAGCGCAUCUUGGUCCUCGUCUCCCAUUCCCAGGAUUUUCUGAAUGGUGUCUGUACCAACAUCAUUCACAUGCACAACAAGAAACUGAAGUAUUAUACGGGUAAUUAUGAUCAGUAUGUGAAGACGCGGCUAGAGCUGGAGGAGAACCAGAUGAAGAGGUUUCACUGGGAGCAAGAUCAGAUUGCACACAUGAAGAACUACAUUGCGAGGUUUGGUCAUGGGAGUGCCAAGCUGGCCCGGCAGGCCCAGAGCAAGGAGAAGACGCUACAGAAAAUGAUGGCAUCAGGACUGACAGAGAGGGUCGUGAGCGAUAAGACACUGUCAUUUUAUUUCCCACCAUGUGGCAAGAUCCCUCCACCUGUCAUUAUGGUGCAAAAUGUGAGCUUCAAGUAUACAAAAGAUGGGCCUUGCAUCUACAAUAAUCUAGAAUUUGGAAUUGACCUUGACACACGAGUGGCUCUGGUAGGGCCCAAUGGAGCAGGGAAGUCAACUCUUCUGAAGCUGCUAACUGGAGAGUUACUGCCCACAGAUGGCAUGAUCCGAAAACACUCUCAUGUCAAGAUAGGGCGUUACCAUCAGCAUUUACAAGAGCAGCUGGACUUAGAUCUCUCGCCUUUGGAGUACAUGAUGAAGUGCUACCCAGAGAUCAAGGAGAAGGAAGAAAUGAGGAAGAUCAUUGGGCGAUACGGUCUUACUGGGAAACAACAGGUGAGCCCAAUCCGGAACUUGUCAGAUGGGCAGAAGUGCCGAGUGUGUCUGGCCUGGCUGGCCUGGCAGAACCCCCACAUGCUCUUCCUGGACGAACCCACCAAUCACCUGGAUAUCGAGACCAUUGACGCCCUGGCAGAUGCCAUCAAUGAGUUUGAGGGUGGUAUGAUGCUGGUCAGCCAUGACUUCAGACUCAUUCAGCAGGUUGCACAGGAAAUUUGGGUCUGUGAGAAGCAGACAAUCACCAAGUGGCCUGGAGACAUCCUGGCUUACAAGGAGCACCUCAAGUCCAAGCUGGUGGAUGAGGAGCCCCAGCUCACCAAGAGGACCCACAACGUGUGAGCCCUCUAUCUGGGCUCGGGUCAGGAGCUCCAUCUGGGAACUAACAGCUGCUAUCCUGACCAGCCGCUCAGGACAGGACCCUGGGGCUACACUCCUGCAUUGCUGCAAUACUGCUCCCCCAGCCUCUCCCCUGCCCCUCAACCUGCCUUAGCUGCACUCUUUUAUCUACAGCUGGACAGUACCUGUCUGUUUCCUGUCCUCCUUCCAGUUACGUCUGUCCAUGUCUGGACUCGGCUGGCCGUUCCUUCCAGCCCUUGCUGGUUACUUACUCUGAGUGUGAUGCAGUCAGAGGCACUAGCGGGUUAGCCCAAGGGCCCAAGCCCUGGAUUUGGCCCGCAGAGGAGCUUAGGAUCCUCGUUUUCUGGGUUUUGGUGAUGUUGGAGGAGUACCCCCAGCCCACCGCCCCGAUUCCUUUUUGCUUCUGGUGUGGAGCUCUGGACCAGGACCUUCGUCCUGGUCAGUUUUUAAAUAAUUAUUUAACAGUGUAACUUUUAGACCUGCGUGACAUCUACAAAGCGCCCAAUAAAGAAAGGAAGCCACGGUCCCCACCUUCCUUCUCGGGUCUCUGGGGCCUUCUCCCUGCAGUGCCAACAUGCACUGCCCUCAGCAGGAGCUGGAUCCAGCGUCAGUGUGUGGAUGGGAACUGAAGACUAGUCCGCAGGAGCUGGAAGAACGUUCUCCCUUUACUGCUGAUUUGAAAUUGUACCUUUUCUCAGGCCUGUGAUUCACAGACUUUAACAUGAAUCAGAAUCACCUGGAGCACUCAUGCGAUCAGAUUGCCAGAUCUCGCCUCAGGGUUUCUGGUUCAGUAGGUUUUGGGGGAGACCAAGAACAUGAACAUUUCUAACAAGUUUCCGGGUGAUGCUGUUGUUGCUGGUCCAGGGGCUGUAUUUGGAGAACCACUGCCCAGGAGCGUGGUUUUCCGAUUGUGAUCUGAGGUUCUGCCCCAACUGCAUAGAAGUUGGGCUGCUUGUUAAAAAUGCAGGCCAGGUGUGGUGGCUCACACCUGUAAUUCCAGCGCUUUGGGAGGCUGAGGCAGGUGGAUCACUUGAGCUCAGGAGUUCAGGACCAGCCUGGGAAACAUGACGAAACCCAUCUUUACACGCCUGGAAUCCCACCUGCUCAGGUGGCUAGGGUGGAUGGAUUACUUGAGCCCGGGAGGCGGAGGUUGCAGUGAGCUGAGAUUGCACCACUGCAUUCCAGCCUGGGUGACAGAGCAAAACCCUGUCUCAAAAAAAUGCAGACUGGCCAGGCACAGUGGCUCACACCUGUAUUCCGACUGUAAGCUUAUCACCUUGGGAGGCCAAUGUAGGAGGAUCAAUUGAACCCAGAAGUUCAAGACCAGCCUGGGCAAAGUAGGGAGACCCCAUCUCUACAAAUAAUAAAACGAACCGGGCAUGGUACCAUGUGCCUGUGGUCCCAGCUGCUCUGGAAAGAGGAGGCUCACUUGAGCCCAGGAGGUUGAGGCUGCAGUGAGCAGAGAACGUGCCACUACACUCCAGCCUGAGGACAGACCGAGACACUCUCAAAAAAUAAAGAUUGCUGAGCAUCAGACCUAUUGAUUAAUCACGUUUGGUAGAAUGAGAGAAGGGUAGAGAUGGCCAGGAGUUUGCAUUUUCACACCAACGUCUGUGAACCUCUCUUCCUAUUGGGAUACAGGAAAGUUUGUAUUUUUACCUGUCCACAGCCAUAGUUUUCAUCAUCACUAUUGAAUUCACUUCCAGCCCAGGGCUCUGCAUACCUUGUCUGGGUCUUUUGAACUUCAGUAGCACCUCACCAGUGGCUAUCCUUCCUGGUAUGGAUUCAUCACUCUGCCUCUGAAAUCAGCAGCCAUCCCUAUGGGAAGACACAGCCAUGGUUUUUCAGUACUCAUUAUAAUAUAGCCAGGACUGGCGGGAGCAACUGUCCCAGAUGGUGUUUAAACCCCUUAGGAGCUCAUGAUCUUGUUGGAAAGCCAGUAAGACAGAACCAUACAGGACACAAAUUAGAUGCUAAAUUGUGAUUUAGAUAGGAGACAGAAGUAUUCAAAAAGGAGGGAAAUUUCUUGUGAGUAGCUGCCCAGAGAGAUGGAAUUGGUGUGCUCUCACUUGGAAAAUGAGUAGGGUCUUCUCAGAUGGCCACGAAGUCCAGGAACUGCCCUGGGUAACAGGGACAAGAGCCUCCCGUGAGACACUGCAGCAGAGACAGACGGGAGUCCUCUACCACUGACCCCAGAGAGUACUGGCUUGACUGCUUUAUGCCUUAAGUGGGACCUGGAGCAAAAUGGCCCAAAUUAGUCUGUCCUGAGUGUCCAGAGCCUUGGUUCAGGGGAGAGUGGCAUCUGGAGAGUGGGCUGCUGGAAUAAUGGGAACAGGGAGGGACAGAGUCCCUGCUCCUUCAGCCAAGGAAGUGCUGGAUAUUGCUAAGAAUCUAGAUAGUCUCGUGAUCUCCAGUCUCCAUGCUAGGACAGGAGGUCUUCAGAACCUGGAGGAAUGGAAAUAGUCUAGUCAGCUUACUUGUCGAGAAAAAUGUCAACCUUGGUAAUUUAAAGAAUGCUUUAAAAGUCCACAAAAUACAUAUUUCUAAAAUUA